AUGGCCCGAUACCUAACGCCCGCCAAAAUCGGCCUGCUCGCCCUCAUUGAGCUCUACACAGAUGAACACGUCCCCACCACAGCAAUCAUCCCCGUGCUCUCCUUCGUUACAUCCCACCUCCUGGACCCGGAUCCGCAGAGCUUCACCACCGCCGCCAGCAAGGACACGCGCUGGCGCAAGGCCGAGAGCACCGUCAGCCUUGUCAUAGGCAUCAAAGAUUUCGAGAAACUGCUGAGCGCCCACUCCGUCGUCGUCGGCUUGCCAGGCCGCAAGCUGUGGGACACAUUCCUCGCGAAGCUAUGGGGCAUCAACUCGCUCGACCAGCUGCACGACUUCUUCGGCCGCCAGGCACAGUGUCUGGCCAAGACGAGGGAGGAACUGCGGCGCGCAGCCGGGGGCGACGAGGCGGUCGCGGCACGGCUGUGGCAGGAGCAGCAGCAGAAGUCGGGCAUCACGCUUUCACGGAACUCGCCGCUGGGGCAAUUUGUGAGGCGAUGUCAGCUCGAGUUCUCGAGGCUGCAGUUCCACGACGCGACGCAGCUAUGGACGGAUUUCGUGCAGUAUCGGCAGCCCACGGCCGGUUAUCUGCGGAAGAGGAACCCUUCGUUUGGUCGGUUGAGCUUCGACCAUGUGCUCAUGACGGGUGAGCAGGCGGAUUGGGACUUGGAGGGCGUGGCUGCGCUCACAUCUGUUGUUUACGGCGACAUGGUGAAGAGUGGCACUCCCUCCGCCGUGCCAGUGAGCACGGAUGAUAUUGAGCUCUUGCUUGAGUUCCAGAUCGAGCAGAUGCAAAGUUUGUUCCUGAAUCCACUAUUGACCGUCCUCAAGCUGACCUUCUCCAGCUUCCUUGAUGCCUGGAGAUCCGGUGACUACCCCACCGCGUUCGAUUUCCUCCACCAAUAUUUCGACUACACCAUGCAGAACCGAGACAGGCUAUUCUACCAGUAUGCGUUAAUGAACUUGGCGGUCCUGCAAGCAGACUUUGGUUGCUACAGAGAGGCUGUCGCAGCCAUGCUUGAAACCGUCUCCACGGCUCGCGAGAACCGCGACAUGACCUGUUUAAACUUCGCCCUCAGUUGGCUGUUCCACUUCGGCAGAGCACACCCUGACCUGGUCAGAGACUUAGAGGCCGACAGUCUACUUGGUACAGCCAAGGAGAGUCUAUCAUAUCUCCGUGUCAAGGCGAAGGAGACAGGAAUGUGGACGCUGUGGGCAUCAGUGCUGCUCAGCGAGGCGAAGCUUGGUUUAGCAAACGGCGAGAGCGUGGCCACGUCGAUCGAGCUCAUGGUCCGCAGUUCACAUCUCAUUGUCGAACGGAACAUGAAGAACAUGUUCGGUGCCCAGCUCUCAAUCCUCGUUGCCCUGUGGGACAGGCUAGGGCUUGCACAGCUCUCGGCCAUGGACUGCGAGAUAUUCCUUCGAUGUCAUGCCAGACACUCCAUCUUCGACGACGAGCUAAAAGUAACAUCACGUCUGGCGUCACAGCUAGUCGCAAAGGGCAAGUUCGACGAAGCACUGCAGAAAAUGGAGGCGCUAGACGACAACUCCCUACGCUCAUGGAAGCCCAGCCAGUACUGGUUCAAGUACCGCGGAAUCAUCAAGCUGAAGCGUGACCUGCACCAUAACAACCUCGACGGCGCAGAGCAGCUGCUCUCGCAACUACUACAAUCCAAAAAGGACGACCUAGAGCCGGAUAUGGCCUUCGUCGUCGACUUCCUCCACAUAGACUGCCUUACCCGCCGAGGUGAUCUGCAAGCGGCAUUCAACAAGGUCGAAGACAUGCUCGCGGCGACACGCGACGAUAAGAGAGACAUCGCGCUCCGCGUGAGGCUCAUGUUGAUCAAGGUUCACCUGUACGAUAAAUGCGGACGGCCGCAGCGGGGUUUCACAAUCGCUAUGCGCGCGGCCAGCAUGGCCUGGCGGGCGAGGCUGGUCUCGUGUCUGUGGCAGGCCGUCGGCGCCAUCGCCAACAUCCUGACGUCGCUGGGAGAGUUUGAGGCCUCUUCACAGCUUCUUACAGCCAUCCUCCCGCGAAGCCUCGAAUGCGACUCCGCGGCGCUGAGCGGGCAGCUGUAUUCGUACCUCGCAGACGCCAACAUGGGCAUGGCGGGUAAGAUGGCGCCGCAGUCGGCCAAGAGGAGGGAGUAUUUGACCCGGGCUACGGGGGCGAUUCAGAAGGCGUUUGAUCACUUCUCGAGCAUCGAGGACAUCACGCGGCAGUGCGAGAUGAUGGCCAAGAAGGCCACCAUCAUGAAGGUCGCCGGGGACAAGGUCCUGGCAGCGGAUUAUGCGGCGGCUUAUGUGGCUUUGCGGAAGGAAGCGGCCGCCCUUUCGAUAUGA